CCCCUCCCCCCUGCGCCCCGACCUGCGCUGCGGUGUCUCCACCCCGAGUGUCCCAGUCUGUCCGUCUGUCCUCGCCCAGGCCUCGCCCCACCCCGGCCCCCGGGGCUGCCUUGCCGCCCCCCUCCCCCGGCCGCAUCCCCCCCCAUCCCUCCGGGCCAGUCCCCGCCGCAGCCCGGGAAGCAAGCCGGGACCACGCCGCCCUAAACCCAGGGCCCGCACCCCGACAUCGGUGGCCUGCACCCCGAGAUUGGAUCCAGAGAUCUGGAAACCUGAGCCUGAGACCCUGAUCUGGGGCUGGGACCCCAAGACCUGGAGCCCGAACACCUAGUAUCUGGGACUGGAAUCUCAACAUCAGUCUCUGGAACCCCAAGACUUGGAAAUAUGGACCCCCAGUUUUGGAGCCUGAACCUCAGGAUUUUGCUUCUAAAGCCCCAAAUCUGGAACUGAACCCUGAACGCUGUGCCUGGGACCUUGAAAUCUGGGACCAGAUUCCCAUAUCUAUACUCUGGAACCCACUAUUAGGGACCCGAACCCUGAGAUUUAGGCCUCAAAUUCCAAGAUCUGAACCCCGGCAUUCCAAGGGGCCUAAACCUGAGUUUGAGCCUGAAGUCCUUGCUGCAAACCCGAAUGCUGAAAUUGAGGGUUAGAGACCUCCAAAUCUUGAUUCGGCACCCCAGUACCUGAGCCCAGCACCCCAGUAUCGGAUCCCAGGACUGGGCUUGAGACUCAGACCCUAAACUCUCCAUUUGGCUGUUUAGCAUCCCGAGACGAGAGCUAAGAGAUACUGGCUCUGACCAGCCCAAACUGGAGCCUGGGUCUCUAAAACUGGCCCCUAGAGGCCCUAUAUUUAGAGAUCUAGGACCCUAAGUAUCAAGGUCUAGAGACUCCAUGGCCACAGAUCUGGGCUGAGAUACAGCACAGUCCCUCUACAGAGACCUUGGGGACAGAGAAGGCAUGACCAGGCCCCCGCUCCAGAGCCCUGACCCCUGACCCCUUGGAGCCUGAGGACUCUGCUCCCUAGGGCGGCUUCCAGCUCAGGCCACCCCUGCCCGCAAUGGCCGUCUUCCCUCUGCUCCUCUGCCUGCUGCCACUGGCCCCUGCCUCGUCUCCAGCGCAGCCAGCCACUCCCAGCCCGUGUCCCCGCCGCUGCCGCUGCCAGACACAGUCCCUGCCCCUCAGCGUGCUGUGCCCGGGGGCAGGCCUCCUGUUCGUGCCCCCCUCGCUGGACCGCCGGGCAGCCGAGCUGCGCCUGGCGGACAACUUCAUCGCGGCCGUGCGCCGCCGCGACCUGGCCAACAUGACCGGCCUGCUGCAUCUGAGCCUGUCGCGUAACACCAUCCGCCAUGUGGCAGCCGGCGCCUUUGCUGACCUGCGCGCCCUGCGGGCCCUGCACCUGGAUGGAAACCGGCUGACCUCGCUGGGCGAGGGUCAGCUGCGUGGCCUGGUCAACUUGCGCCACCUCAUCCUGAGCAACAACCAGCUGGCGGCCCUGGCGGCCGGCGCCCUGGACGACUGCGCCGAGACUCUCGAGGAUCUCGACCUGUCCUACAACAACCUGGAGCAGCUGCCCUGGGAGGCCUUGGGCCGCCUGGGCAACGUCAAUACGUUGGGCCUCGACCACAACCUGCUGGCCUCUGUGCCCGCUGGUGCCUUUUCCCGCCUGCACAAGUUGGCACGGCUGGACAUGACCUCCAAUCGCCUGACCACCAUCCCGCCUGACCCACUCUUCUCCCGCCUGCCGCUGCUGGCCAGGCCCCGUGGCUCCCCUGCCUCCGCCCUGGUGCUGGCCUUCGGCGGCAACCCCCUGCACUGCAACUGCGAGCUGGUGUGGCUGCGGCGGCUGGCCCGGGAGGACGACCUGGAGGCCUGCGCCUCCCCACCCGCUCUGGGUGGCCGCUACUUCUGGGCUGUGGGCGAGGAGGAAUUUGUGUGCGAGCCCCCCGUGGUGACUCACCGCUCGCCACCCCUGGCAGUGCCUGCGGGCCGGCCGGCUGCCCUGCGCUGCCGGGCAGUGGGGGACCCCGAGCCUCGCGUGCGUUGGGUGUCACCCCAGGGCCGGCUGGUGGGCAAUUCAAGCCGCGCUCGCGCCUUCCCUAACGGGACGUUGGAGCUGCUGGUCACCGAGCCGGGCGAUGGUGGCAUUUUCACUUGCAUUGCGGCCAAUGCGGCUGGUGAGGCCACCGCGGCUGUUGAGCUGACCGUGGGUCCCCCCCCACCUCCCCAGCUAGCCAACAGCACCAGCUGUGACCCCCCGCGGGACGGGGAUCCUGAUGCCCUCACCCCGCCCUCUGCCGCCUCCGCCUCGGCCUCCGCCAAGGCAGCUGACACUGGGCCCCCUACCGACCGUGGUGUCCAGGUGACUGAGCAUGGGGCCACAGCUGCUCUUGUCCAGUGGCCGGAUCAGCGGCCUAUCCCAGGCAUCCGCAUGUACCAGAUCCAGUACAACAGCUCAGCCGACGACAUCCUCGUCUACAGGAUGAUCCCCGCCGACAGCCGCUCUUUCUUGUUGUCGGACCUGGCGUCGGGCCGCACCUACGAUCUGUGCGUGCUGGCGGUGUUCGAGGACGGCGCCACAGGGCUGACGGCCACGCGGCCCGUGGGCUGCGCCCGCUUCUCCACCGAGCCGGCGCUGCGGCCCUGCGGGGCCCCGCACGCACCCUUCCUGGGCGGCACCAUGAUCAUCGCCCUUGGUGGAGUCAUCGUGGCCUCGGUACUGGUCUUCAUCUUCGUGCUGCUUAUGCGCUACAAGGUGCACGGCGGCCAGCCCCCCGGCAAGGCCAAGGCACCCGCCCCCGUCAGCAGCGUUUGUUCGCAGACCAACGGCACCCUGGGCCCCACACCGGCCCCGCCCGCCCCUGAGCCCGCGGCGCCCAGGGCCCACACCGUGGUCCAGCUGGACUGUGAGCCCUGGAGGCCCAGCCACGAACCCACGGGACCCUAGCCUCGCGCCCACCUUCUGGCCCUUCUGGCCCCAGGGGUGGGAGGACCCAGGCACCUGGGUGGGACCUGGCCUCAGACUCACCAAAUUGCUCACGGUUUUUAAAACUCUGAUGGGGAGGGUGUCGGGGGCACCGGGGCACAACAAGAAAGUCCUAUUUUUCUAAGCUUGGGCCUAGGCCCUUGCCCUUGUCUCUGUCUGUGGGGGUUGGGGGGGGAUCACGCAGGGGUCUGGAGUUCAGAAUGCCUCCUCUGGGGAGAGACCCCCACCCCACUCCAUUCUGUCCGAGGUUCCUGGAUGAGACUGAGGACGGUCAUCCAUUCAGUCGACAGAAUUCCGUGAGCAUGCCCCCUGGGUGUGCCCUGUGCUGGGUGAUGCUGCCAUGACCCAGAAUGGCCCCGGUCCCUGCUCAGAGAGUGGCAGUUCAGAGUGAGCAGACACGUGGUGAUGAGGGAAGCCUAAGUGAUUGCGGGAGCCCAGGAAAGGUGCCUGACUCAGCCUAGGGUGUGGUCAGGGAGGCUUCCCGGAGGAAAGAUGAGAUCUGAGCAUGACAUCAGAAGGAGAUAAUUGGGCAAAGAGCAAAGGGAGAGUUGUCCCAGGUAGAGGGCCCAGCACAAGCAAGGACUUAGUAAAGGCCAGACUGGGGAUACUGUGGUAGAGGUAAGGCAGGAGGGGUGAGCAGCAUCCAGGACCUCCAGGCUGAGGAACUCAGCUCUGGUUUGAUAGUACUCGGGAGCCAUGGAGGAUUCUAUGCAGGGGAGGGACAGGGUCAGGAAUGGGCUUUAGGAAGCUCUUUCUAGCUGUCAUGAAGAGGAUGGACCAGAGGGGAAGACUGAAGCUGGGAGCCUGGGGGAAGCCAAGGCAGGGACCCAGGUGGCUAAGGAUAAGACUGGACCGGGACAGGGCUGGGGGAAGGGAGUAGGGGGUAGGUGAGAGAGGAAGCUGAAUGGACAGAUUGUGGAGCUGAAGGGCUGUGGGGGAGGGCAGCAUCCAGGGUGAGGCCCAGGCCUCUGGCCAAGGGAGGGGACAGUGGAGCCACCUGAUACAGAACCAGGAAGAAGGCACAGGUUUGGGGAAUAUGCUGAGGCCAAUGGGGGGACUUGGUGAAUGUGGGAGGCCCCAGAAGACAUCUAGGGGGUGGUGGCCAGGAGGCCUCAGGACCCUGGUCUGAGGCUGGAGCUUGGGACCAAAAGGCUAUGUCAGCAGAGAUGGAGAAUGAGGCCACUGGGGUGAUGAGACAGCCUCUGGGACUUUCCAUAUUUAAGGGAUAGGCAAAGAAAAACCUGACAAAGACUAAAUAGGAACAGCAGAUGGAGGGACAGAGUGAAGCAAACCAGGCAAGUCAGACCCAAGUGACUGUUGUGUUUAAUGAUAUCAGGCCAUAGUGACCUCAGUGAGAGCGGUGUGAGGGGAUUGGUUGGGCAAGUGCCAGAUUCAGCUGAUUUGAGAGUGGGAGUAAGAAAGUAUAGUUAGGGAGCGUAAACCCUGUGAUUCUGUGGACCUCGGACCUGGCUCAGGUUGAUCUGGACCUGUCAGCCCUGUGUCUCUGCAAGGCUGGUCCUCACUCUGUCUUGGACUGCCUUGGGCCCCCCUCAGACACCAGACCUGGAGGUUUGGAAGACCAAACCCUGGGUCUUGGUAACAUCCUGCCUCAUUGGAGAUCCAGGAAUGGGAUAGUGUUCCCUGACCCCAGGCCUCCUCUGGUGGUGGGUCCAGAGGCAGAGAAGAUGGAGGUGGGGGCGAGGGACUGAAGUCCUGUGAGUGUUUUCUGGAGUGAUGCUGAUGUGAGGAGCAUGGUGAAGAGGGCCCAAGACUGGACUGGCCAUUCUCAAGACCUGGUGCGCAUGACCUUGUCCUCGUGGGAUAACAUUCUAGAUUCUACAACGGUUUUCUUGAUGGGUGUAGGCUUUGAAAAUGAUCUUCCACCAGCCAUGGGAACAAUCUGAGUCCCAGGGACCUGGUCUGACUCCUGAGUCCUCCAGAAGCAUAGUGAGGUCCUUUCCUUCUUGUUUGUUACCCUUGGUGGCUGAGGUCAGGUGAAGCUAUCAGGGUGAGUGAGGUGUCUUGGCCAAGGGGGCCUAGGGAGUGGGAAGAUUGGAGGUCUAGUGCCAACUACAAAAUACCCAGUUGCUGCCACGAGGGGGAGCCAGAGUGCACCAUUCCUCAACCCCCUUUUUUUUAAGGUUCAUAGUAUUUUACUAUUUUUUAAAUUUUUAUUUAUUUAUUUGACAGAGAGAGACACAGCGAGAGAGGGAA